AUGGCUUCAGACAUGGCUGACCCAAGCAGUCUGCCCUACAGUGCCAACUCCUGCCUUCCUCACCUCCCACCCCGGGGGGCCAGUGUGGCGCUCUCUCUGUUCUACACAGUCCUCUUGGUCUUCAGYGCCCUGGGAAACAUCCUUGCCCUUUGCCUUGCCUGUCAAAAGGACAAGAAGAUCAACUCAACAGGUGUCUACUUGGUCCACCUGGCUGUGUCUGACCUCCUGUUCUCCUUGGCCCUCCCAGGGAAGAUCACCUAUUACGUGCUGGACUUCAGCUGGCCGUUUGGGGACGGGCUUUGCAGGCUGACGGCGUUCAUAAUGUACCUGAACACCUAUGGGGGGGUCUACCUCAUGACCUGCGUGAGUGUAGACCGGUACCUGGCAGUGGUCUGUACCCAUCAGAGCCAGCGGCUCCGCAGCACUGGCCGGGCCAAGCUCAUCUGUGUGGCCGUCUGGGUCUUGGCACUUCUGCAGAAUAGGGCUUUCACACUGGCUCUUCAGGUCACCGUGUCCUUCAUGAAUGUGAACUGUGGCAUUGACCCCAUCAUUUAUUUCUUUGCCUCUACACGUUACAGGAAAUGGCUUCUUGGCAUUUUGAAGCUCGGAGCAUCCUCUUCCUCCUCCUUCUCCUCCUCCUCCCCAGGAAGAGCAUCCUCAGAAACACAGACUGGAGGCUCUGUCACCAUAUUGGAGAACCAGGUCUAA